AUGGAAAUGCCUCGAAAGAAAAAGGAGCAAGCUCAGGUCGCGGACGGAGGCAACGUUAGUGAACAUUUGAACACUAAAGAACGGUUGGAUCUACAACUUGAUGAUAAUAUUGGGGCGCUGCCAUUGCCAUUUCCUGGCGAUUGCGAAGCACCUGACAGCGGAAUUGAUCUCGUCUUCGUCCAUGGGCUCCAUGGAUCCCGGUUAAAGACAUGGUCCAAAGAUGGUAUCUUCUGGCCACGAGAUCUGCUUCAGGAUGAUCUAAAGAAUGCCCGUGUGAUCACAUGGGGCUAUGAUGCAGAUAUUGCCAAAGCAUUCUCCUAUGCAAGCAAGGAGAGUCUAUUUGGCCAUGCCAAUACGUUAUUAGCUGACUUGGCCGACUUAAGGCGAGACGUGACCAGGCCCAUCGUAUUUAUCUGCCAUAGCCUUGGGGGUAUCGUUGUUAAAGAGGCUCUAAAUGUCUCUGAUAUUUACCGAAGCCAUGGGAGACACCCUAACCUCAGCGAAAUUUCCGCCAAAACCGCAGGUGUGAUUUUCAUGGGAACACCACAUCGAGGUAGUGAUAAGGCGUCCUAUGGCCAAAUUGCGGUGCGCGUUGCGGACUUGUCGUUUCGACAACCAAAUAAGGAGCUUCUCAGGGUUUUAAAGCCCAACCAGGAUACUCUUGAGAAACAACAGGAUCUCUUCGUAUCAGUUUCAAAAGAUAUGCAUAUUGUUUGCAUUAGGGAAGAACUCCCAACCGCAAUUGGCAUGAUCGUCUCAAAAGACUCUGCCUCUUAUCAAGGGCAACGCGUAAUCAGCACUGCAAUCCACGCAAACCAUAUGGAUAUGGUAAAGUUCUCAUCGAGAGACGAGGGCUAUAAAAGAGUGCUUAGUCAUAUUAAGGACGUCCGUGACUUUGGAAAACUCAGGUCUGAGCAAGCCAUACUGGAAGAGUUACGAUUCCCUACAAUCAAUAAGCGAGAAGAUGACAUGGAGGAUUCGUAUAAAGACACUUGUUCCUGGAUUCUUGAUGGCGAACCGGAAGAAAACAAAACAUCCGCCAACCCAUGCAAAUUCUUAUCUUGGCUUCAAAAUGACGAGACUUUCCAUUGGAUCAGUGGCAAAGCUGGGUGUGGGAAAUCUACUCUGAUGAAGUACGCAUAUCAUGACAAACGAACCAAAGCGGCGCUCCAAAACUCCCAAUGGGCCAAAGACAAAAACUUGAUCCUAAUGCGACACUUCUUUUUUGAGCUCGGCGACGCGGACCAAAGCUCCAGGGAAGGGAUGCUUCGAACUCUCCUGUACCAAUUACUGAAAAGCCGACGGGAACUUAUUCCGGAAGUUUUCUCCCAUCUGGAUCUCUUUGGACCUAGAGAACGCCCAUUGCCAGGAGAUUUUCUCGGUUGGAACAAUCUUAGAAUAACAUUCAUUUCCAUGUUAAACCAUCUUCAAGACUCCAGGAUCUGCCUGUUUCUGGACGGUCUAGACGAAUACCGUAUGAUAGACAGAAAAGACGAUUACACCGAACAAGAACUUGAUCUAAUUUACGAAGAUAACGAUCAGGAUGAAUCGUGGGGCCGGAACAAGUGGAUAACUAACGGUCAUAAAGAGAUCGCCGAGUUCAUUCAUAGUCUCCAAACCAUCAAGAACGUGAAGGUGUGCUUUUCUAGCAGGGAGCUGAACGUGUUCGAACAAGAAUUCAGAGGCUUCCCUAGAAUAAGGGUUCAUGAGCACACAGCCAACUCUAUCUCUCAAUAUUGCCGGGACUUUUUAACCAAUAAGAUACCAGACCUUCCAGAUAUACCGAGAUUCGCGUUCGAGAUCACAAAAAGGGCACGUGGGGUAUUUAUUUGGGUUCGCCUAGUUAUUGAAAUCCUCAUUGACAGAUUUAACGAUGGUGGCUAUGAGGAUGAGCUCUGGGAGACUGUAGAUACCUUGCCCCAUGGGCUUGGGGGCAAGAAUGGUCUUUAUAUGAGCAUGAUGGAAAAUAUCAAGCGAGAAUAUCUACCAGAAUCGAAAAGACUAUUCGAUUUGGUUUCAAGAUGGCCCGAAAUAUUGCAUAGCGGGAAACUCGACAUCAUAACUUUAUUCCUGGCAGAACGUUGGCAUUCCCAAGGCCAUAGCCGGGAUGAAUUUCUGAACAAAACUUGGGAAGAAUUACAGCCAGACUGUGUCAGGUUACAGAAACGCUUGAAGGGACGAUGCGCUGGUCUUUUGGAAGGGAUAGCGGACGUGCAAUUCAUGCACCAGACGGUAAAGCAAUUUCUGUCCCGAGAAUAUGCGCAGGAUAAAAUCUUCCCGAACUCGGUUGAGUAUGCUAUACCUGACGCCGUCCUAGCUCUGAUGAGUGGGCUUAUCCAACGUCUGGAACACUGCCCGGAAGCUGUGUUUAACGGCCGUUUUCAUCCUGGCUUACGUCCUGGAUUACGCUCCUCUGAUACGGACGACAGCCAUAUUUCUGAGAUUACUAAGAAUCUACUCGACUCUAUAUUCGAAUGCGCUAGAACACAAUCAUUCAAAGUAUAUAGUCUCACAGAUAGUAUCCGCUGCUCUUAUAUGAAGCUUCUUGAAGACGCAGAAGACAGCGGGAGUAGACCCAUAAACCGUGAAAGGGGUUUAGGAUACGAUUGGACCCAAUUUCUUUAUAUGACAUUGAGUCCUGAUCAAUUCGAGAAGAUAGCGAUCAUGGCGGGUUCGACAGACUAGUGAGUUUUUUGCAACUUGCAUCCUUGUUUGGACUACUUCCAUAUGUGGCAGCCAAAAUCAAGGAGGAAACUUCCAAACGCAAACUAGAAUCUCUCCUAUCACAAUUAUCUCGAUACUGCUGUCUCCAAAGCAAACGGCAAUCGAGAUGUCUGAAUAAUCUCGAAACCCAACCAGCCAUUUUUGAAAUGAUAUUCGAAAAAGGUGUUAACCCAAAUUGCUUGAACCCUAAGAGCAUGCCUUCCAUAGGCUCGUUAAAUAUAUACACUGCUUGGGAAAUGCAUCUCAUACGCUGUGGGGACUAUUUAGAGACUUGGGAUGGUGAGGCGUGGAUCGCUUCAACCAAGAUUUUCCUCAAGUACGGGGCUGAUCCAACGGUAAGAAAGGUAGGACGGAAGUAUCCAACGAAAUUUAUGGUAGGAUGGGUGUAUGGUACAGUUGAAAAUAGCAUCGAAUAUGUUUGUUCGCAGCAGCCUAGUUUAGAAAAAGAGAAGGGCGAACUAUUGAGGCUAUUGAACGAAACAAAGGAAAGAUGGAGAACUAAGAGGUUAAGGUAGUUCCAUGCCCGAGUUUUACGAGGUUGAUUGUAUCAAAACCUUUUCCUUAAAGAGUCAG